AGGCGGUUCGGCGCUGCCCCGGCUCUGGGAGCCAGGUCUGCAGCGCCCGGGGGGCGGCUUCGCGGGACGCGGCGGAGGCCCGGCCCGGCCCGGCCCGGCUCGGCUCGGCUCGGCUCGCCAUGGUGCCGCGGCCGGCGCUGCCCGUCCUGGCGCACUCGGUGCUGGCGGCGCUGCUGCUCUCGGCGGCGCAGGAGCCCGUGCCGCGGGUCAGCCUGCCCUACGACUCAGCUGAGCGUGUGGUGCAGCAUUUCGAGGUGCCCGGCGUCUCCAACUACACGGCGCUGCUGCUGAGCCCGGAUGGUGGCACGCUGUACCUGGGUGCACGUGAGGUGCUCUUUGCUGUCAACACCAGCCACUUCCAGCACAGCGUGCUGGCCCGCAGGCUGCCUUGGGGUGCAGAUGAGGAGAAGAAGAGACAGUGCGUGUUCAAGGGCAAGGACCCCCAGAGGGACUGUCACAACUACAUCAAGAUGCUGCUGCAGCUGAACAGCACCCACCUCUACACGUGUGGGACCUGUGCCUUCAGCCCCACCUGUGCCUACAUCAACGUGCAGCACUUCACCCUGGAGCGGGACGCGUUGGGCAGGGUGCUGCUGGAGGAUGGGAAGGGACGCUGCCCCUUCGACCCCGAGUACCGCUCCACUGCCGUCAUGGUCGAUGGAGAGCUCUACGCUGGGACUGUCAGCAACUUCCAGGGCAACGAGCCCACCAUCUACCGCAGCCAGGAGAGCCGCAUCUCCCUGAAGACAGAGAACUCGCUCAGCUGGCUGCAGGACCCCGUGUUCGUGGGCUCAGCCUUCCUGCAGGAGAGCCUGCCCGCCGGCAACCCCGACGGCGAUGAUGACAAGGUCUACUUUUUCUUCAGCGAGACUGGCAAGGAGUUCGACUACUUUGAGAACACCAUUGUGUCGCGCAUCGCACGUGUGUGCAAGGGGGACCAGGGCGGGGAGCGGGUGCUGCAGCGGCGAUGGACGACGUUCCUGAAGGCACAGCUGCUCUGCUCACACCCCGAGGAUGGCUUCCCCUUCAACGUGCUGCAGGACGUUUUUGUGCUCACACCGGGGGAGCAGCGCUGGAGGGAGACGCUCUUCUAUGGGGUCUUCACGUCGCAGUGGAACAAGGGUGGCCUGGGCAGCUCGGCGGUGUGCGCCUUCCCCAUGCGCAGCGUGCAGAAGGCCUUUGGUGGGCUCUACAAGGAAGUGAACCGCGAGACGCAGCAGUGGUACACCAACACCAGCCCAGUACCAGAACCGCGGCCAGGCACGUGUGUCACCAGCCACACACGGCACCUGAAGAUCAACUCGUCCCUGCAGAUGCCCGACCGCGUGCUGAACUUUGUCAAAGACCAUUUCCUGAUGGACAGCCCGGUGCGCAGCCAGCCGCUGCUGCUGCAGAGCCGCCUGCGCUACCAGCAGAUCGGCGUGCACCGUGUGCAGGGGCUGCGCGGCACCUACGACGUCCUCUUCCUGGGCACAGAUGAUGGCCGCUUGCACAAGGCGGUGCGUGUGAACCACCGGGUGCACAUCAUCGAGGAGAUCCGCCUCUUCCCCACGGGCCAGCCCAUCCUGCAGUUGCUGCUGGACCACAAGCAGGGCCUGGUCUAUGCAGCCUCCUACACGGCGGUGGCUCAGGUGCCCUUCUCCAACUGCAGCCUGUACCGCAGCUGUGGUGAGUGUGUGCUGGCACGGGACCCCUUCUGUGCAUGGAGCCACGGUGCCUGCCGCAGCACCACCCCACACCCCCCGGCGCAUCCCCAGCUGUGGACCCAGGACAUCGAAGGCGCAGAGACGGAGCGGCUUUGCCAACCAACCAACGUGUCCCAGCCCCGGCCCCGCAUCCUCCUGACCCCAGCCUCGGGCACCCCGUGCCAGCGGAUCCAGCUGCCACCCAACGCGGUGCAGCCACUGCCGUGCCGGCUGCUCUCUAACCUGGCGUCGCGGCGCUGGCUGCACAACGGGACCCCCGUCAAUGCCUCCUACCUGGUGCUGCCCGAGGGGGCCCUCAUCCUGGUGGGCAGCCCGGAGCGUGCGGGCACAUACGAGUGCUGGUCGCUGGAGGAGGGAUUCCGCAAGCUGAUGGCCAGCUACUGCGUGGCUGUGCUGGAGCCGGGUGGGAGGGCCUUCACUGCGCCAGAGACUGUCAGCACCUCGCGGAGCACCUCAGCCGUGGGCAGCAUCGCAGCGCGGCUGGACGGCAAGACCUACUGGACCGAGUUCCUGGUGAUGAGCGGGCUGUUCGCCGCCGCCGUGCUCGUGCUGAUCGUCUUCCUCCUGCACCGUCACUGCGAUGGCGUGAAGGCACUGGUGGAGCCUGGGGACGCCAGCCGGCACCAGAAGGCACCCCGUAAACCAGUGGAGAGCCUGCCCCUGAACGGCAGCAGCCUGCCCAACGCCGUGCCCGAGCAUAAGGGCUACCAGGCGCUGCAGGACAACUACAUCGUCAGCACCCCUGUGCAUGAGGCGCCGGGCACCGCACGUGCUUUCUCUGAGUCGGAGAAGCGGCCCCUCCACGUGCGGGACAGCUUUGUGGAGGUGUCCCCCGCCUGCCAAAGACCCCGCGUGCGCCUGGGCUCCGAGAUCCAGGACUCGGUGGUGUGAGGGCACAGACGGCCUUCGCGCACCACCUCUGCUCUGCUGAGCCUCGCCGGCUGGGAUCGGUGUUUGUCUGUGUGUGCAUGCCCGGAGCCCGGCCCCGCCGCGCCGCCCACCCUGCUGAGGGGGGUCCUGGGCACCACCUCGGGAUGGGGCCGGCAGAGGGUACCGCACGCCCACAGGGAUGGUUGGACUUUCCCCAGCCCCGUGCUGGCACAGCCCCGUCUAUGCAGAGGGCUGGGGGCGGCCACAGCCCCCUCAUGCCCUGACUCACUGUGACGUCCCGCUGGGGGCCCAGUGCCGUGUGUACGGCCGGGUGGUGCUGGUGCGUGGUGGCCCCGUGGAUGUGGUGUGUGUCUGUGCUCAGUUCGUUUUUAAUACGUUGGAAAUGUGAAUUGUGUCCUGGGGAGGGAGCGGACAGCGGUGCUCACCCUGUGCCGGGAUGGAGCUCCGUGCUGCGUAUCUCAUGUCCCCAACGUGCGUGUGCAGAAACGUCUGUGGUUUUUACCUAAAGUCCAGGUGUUUCCUUUGUA